CAUUUCUAUCUUCUUUCUUCUUUCCUUAUCGCCCUCCGUGAUUUACCUGCCAUGCAAGAUGAUCGGACCUCGCGCCUCCAAGACUGAUGAGGAGUUCACGCGGUCAUGCUGAGGUGUGGUGUGAGUCCUUCAUCCACUCGGCCGGACACGUACUUUCGACUUCAUCCACAUUAUCUGCUUGGAUCAAAUGGGAGCGAACAACAAAAUCCUCAGCUGCCGCCCUUGCAGGGAGCGCAAAGUUCGGUGCGACCGCGUCUUCCCAUGCAAGAGCUGCGUCAGACAUCGCUGUGAGGCUCAAUGCCAGCCUUCUCAGGUGUCACGGGCCAAUGUGAACCAUUACAAGGUGCCCUUACCAAGGGCACUCUCGCCAACGCCAUUACAUGUUUUGACACCAAGCACUUUGGACGACGUUUCUGGCGUCCUUCGCACAAACAACGUCAGUAGUGCGCCCGAUAUCUUUCCAGUGCCUACUCCUAGCAAUGAGUAUGUGGGCACCACAUACGCGCAGACUGGCACCGGUGAUGUCUCUGAUACGACCUCGUUGGCAAGCAAAACCAUUGAAGCACUCCACGCACAUAACAGCCUUGCGUCCUUAAUGGCAGGCCAGCAACCACCAUUAGCACCAACACUUUCAUCUUUUGGCGCCACGCUUUCGGCUUCCGAGAAGACUGCGUGGCGGGUCUACCUUGCAAACUGUCUCCCUCCACGGUCACAAUGCGACUUGUUCGUAUCCUACUACUUCGAGAGCAUUAACUGGAUCUAUCAAGCAAUCCACUGUCCAUCUUUUCGCUCAAAGUACGAAACGCUCUGGGUAAUGCCGGUCAACGAAAUCGAUUUGAUCUUUCUCGCCCUACUGUACGCUAUGAUGUCGCCGAGCGCACUGUUCAUUGAUCCAAGCACCUGUGAAAGUGUUGGAUUCGAGUCUUCCAAAAUCAGGGAGAGUGCCCAUUUGUGGUUCCGGCUCUCUCGCCAGGCGCUUCAUGCUGGCGAAUACGAAUCACGCCCUUGCUUGACUCAGAUUGAAGUCUUCAUCGUGUCACAACUGUACUGGUAUUCUACCAAGAAUGUGGAAGCCUUGAACUCUGCAAUGGGUCAGACUGUCCGAUGUGCUCAGGCGAUUGGCCUUGACAAGGAUAGGAUACCGUCUACCAACCUGUCUUCCGAGCUCCGUCAUCGACUAUGGUGGGAUCUCUGUUCCUCGGACACGUUCCAAUCCCUCUGCCUUGACAGACAACCGUUGGUACAAGCUCAUCUAUCGGAAGUGCCCAUGCCACAAAACUGCGAAGAUUGCGACAUUACCCGAUCCUCGAUCCACCCUCGUCCAAUGACUGAGCCUACAGUCAUGUCGAUGCACACUCUCCGAGCUCGCCUCUUCAAAACGAUGAACAAACUCUACGCCAAUAAUGCAGCACCUCUAUCGUCUUACAAAGAGGUCUCCGGCAUCGAUGCAGAGAUCCUCGCCAUCGUGGACCAGUUUCCGUGGUACUUCAGCGUCUCUCCUGGAACUUGCACGUUCGUGAGUCCGACGCUACCUCUCGCCUUUGAUUAUCUUCAAUGGCAACAUCAUCUGCUCCACAACUCUAUAUGUGUUCAACGAAUCAGGAUGUAUCGGCCUUUCCUUCGCUCCCCGCAGCACAAUGACUGUUGGUCGAAAUGUAUAUCGGCAGUUGAGGGAGCUUUUGGGGUGUAUCAUGCUAUAAGAGCGGCCAAUGCAUUCCGUUUCCAGCGGUCACAUAAGAUGUUUGCUCAAAGUUACCAAAUCUUCUGCUCGGCGGUCUCGAUAGCCGUGUUCUUGCUGGUCGAACGUCCCGUCAUUCCGACCCGCAUGCAGUCCGACAUUGAAGUUGUGAUUCAAGACUUGCAGAAGCUGGCCCAAAGUCACAGGUCGUUACCAAUGGCGGUAGAUGGACGGGCUGUACUCACCAAGCUGUUGGACGCAUAUCGCCAGGGAUUUGGCCAAGAUGACGAAGAUGGUGUGAGGCCGUCCAACUCCAUUUGGCAGUCACUGAUACCAGAGAUCUACGCUGUCAUGGGCGGCAAGUCGAACACAAAGUCAUACCUCGAUCGUUGCGCUGUUUCACACAUCGUCAACCCGGAUAGUGCUGCACGAACGACGACAUCCGUCUUGCCAGUCGGGGAACCGCCCGUUGUACUGGUAGCUACACCACAGUUGGAUACAAGCAUGACGUACGAGAUGUCAGCAGACGAUGCAUUUGCAAGUGACCCUGCAGCGGCUCUGGGUUUCAACCUCCACUUUGAUGUGCUGAACUGGGGCGUUGAAGACUUUGGCUUUGAGUAGCAACGCACUCACCCGGAUUGCCGCCACGUUGGAGGCAACGGUUGCCCCGAUAAUAGUCGAGGACCAUGUGGGAUACGAUAUCUGACGGCCUCCAAACCUAAGGGCUUAUUCUCAUGCUGAUGUGGACGAAGGACCGCGAACGUCAAACGGGUGAGCCAAUUCGAUAUCAGACCGAAGGAUCUCCUAAUAUAGUAGCUAGCGAACCCUUGUACUACCCUAGAUUCCUACUACUAACAAUUACCUAGAUACUUUCCUUGCU